GGAGCAACAGAAGCAAAGAUCAAAUUCUUGAUAUUGCAGAUGCCAUUGUCGAUUAAGCAACAGGUCUCCAUCAGUGCAUUAUGGGCAAAUAUUGUAUGUUUCCAAGUAAAAGAAAAGUAUAGGUGCUGAAUUUAUCAAGGUGCAGCACUGAUCGAGAAGUGUCUGAUCUUCCACAUGAGUAAAGAAGAGUGCAUGGAAGCACUCUCAAGACAUGCAAAUAUUCAACCUGUGAUCACCUCCACUGUUUUACCUGAUCAUGAUCUUCAACAAACUUUGGGUAAGCUGAUACAUCAAGUGUGGAAUGAAUUAGAGAAAGAAAACAAGGAGUUCUUCGAGGCGUAUGCUGAGUCUCAAACGAAACAAGAUCGAAUGUCCCAAGAAGAGAUAAGCCAAAUGAUCCAGAAGAUGAUCUCAGAUUCCUCCAAAGAACCAGACGACUAAAUUCCUACGCCUACGCCAUUGAAAAUGAUCUCUACUCCAUGUGUGUGUAUUUUUCUAGUUGGUAUAUUAGCUUCCCUCAAAACUCUCUGCACUUCCGUCCAAAAUACUUUAGGAGAAUUAUUAAAUAUAGUGUGACUGUGUUUGUGGUCCUAUUUUCACAUGUUUA